AUGCCACGCACUCCCAGGCCGAAGAAGUCCAAGUCAUCGCCGGCCGUUUCGGUGGAAGGGUGCCAUCCCUCGUGCAAGUUCAAGGCCGUUUCCGGCAAGCCGGCGAAGCUCGUUGGAAAAAAAGGUGCAGCUGCACGGCAUGUAGAAGAGCUACAGGCCAUCAAGGAGCAGGAUCCCGAGUUUUACAAGUUCCUGGUUGAAGAGGAUCAACAGCUCCUCGAUUUCAAAGCUGACGCUGCCGAUGCCGCGUCUGAGGAUGGUGAAGAGGAGGCAGUCGAAGAGGACCAGGAAGAAGAUGAAGACGAAGGAACGUUUGUCCAGGAGGAGUCAACGGGCACCUCCUCGGGCUCAGCGCGACAGCUGACACUGGAGCGUUUCAAGCAGAUUGAGAACUCAGCGCCGAAGGCCUUCACUGCCUUCAAGGCGGCUCUCAACGCCUACCACACGGCGGUACGAUCUAUCGAUCCCGACCUCGAGGCAAAAGAGGAGGGCGACGAGGCGCCAGCGAGGCGCCGCUCCUUCAAGAAGAAGCGCUCUCGUGGGGCCAUGACGAUCGAGGAUGAGGCCACGUUCUCCGAAGUCUUGGAGUGGUGCUUGGGCAAUGUCCUUGGCCUGCUCAAGAUCUAUGCGGGUGAGGAGCAGGUCAAAAGAGGGAAGAACAAGAAGAAGGCUCAAAAAGAAGAAGCUGCGAGCGGCUACUUCGAUCCCACAUGCCUGUCCAAGUGGAAACGCGUGAAGGUGCUAUGCAACAUUUUUUGGGAUGAGACGCUGAUACUUCUGAACAAGGGUCUCACUGUGGAGAUGCAGGAGGCUGUUCUGCGGACCUGCAGCAGCCAGCAGGCGCUUUGCUGGCUCUGGCCCUGCCAGCACUUGCGCCGGCGCUUUCUCCGCCGCUGCUGCGAGAUCUGGGCGCGGCCGGCGGCCGGCGGCUCUGAGGCUUCGCCCGGAGCCGUGCGGCUGCUCAGCUUCCUUUUCCUUCGAAAUGCUGCAGCCAUGCUGCUUCUGAAGCCUGGUUCCACGAAAGACUUGCGGGGCAUCCCCACCCUGGAGGCCUUGAUCCGCACCAUCCUUAGAUCCUUUGCCAGCGCGGCAGCCGGUACCUACACGUGGCGCUCGGUGUCCAACUUCCGCUUCAUGGAGAACUGUAUUCUGGAGCUUUUCCGGCUGGAUGAUGCCACCUCCUAUCGGGUGGGGUAUGUCUGGAUUCGGCAACUGGCGCUGCUGCUCCGCAAUGCCUCGAUGGCUUCUUCACGGGGUGGCAGUGUCUCGCAGGCCAAAGCUAAGACCGCCAAGGCCAAGGCGAAGGCCAAGGCGGCAAGGGGCCGCGCGAAGAGAGAGAAAGCUGCAAAGGGGAAGGCUGGAAAAGAAAAGAUGGGACGCAACUGCGAUGAGGAGGAGGGCGAGGCCCCUCGGCGGAAGGUCAAGGCGAAGCCGCUCGAGGACUUGAUGAGCUGGCAGUUUGUGCGUUCGAUGUACCUUUGGACCCGGGUGGUGACAUCGGUGCCAUCGCUGAAACCACUGGCCUACCCGCUCUUCAUGGUGAUUCUGGGGGCAGUCAAGAGCCGCCUGACGAACCUGCAGUGCUUCCCCUUCGUCUGCCACGGUCUCACCUGCCUGAACCGUCUGGCGGCUGGUCUCGAGGUGCUGGUGCCGCUCUCGAGCCACCUCCUGAAACUCCUGGACAUCGUCCACCAUCAGCUGGAGUCGAAGAAGAAGCUGGGAUCCAAGGCUCAAGAUGGUGAAGACGAGGAAGCAGGCGAAACGGAACGGAAGCCGCCUGACAUGGAGGUGCUCCUGCGACUCUCGCCGGGUCGUGAAGAAGUCCUGGUCUCGGUGGCAGAGAGGAUCUGUGGCCUCUUCUACGACCACCUCGGCCUGCUGAGCCGCUCCACGUCCUUCCCCGAGCUCUCGGCCCCGGUCGUCCUGCAUCUGCGCCGCCAGAGCAAGCAUUGCCGCAGCGAAGCUUUGAGGAAACAGCUGAAAGCGUUGCUGGCUGCCGUGGAGCAGAGCAGCCAAGAAGUGCAGCGGUUCCGUGAGCAGCUGCAGGAGCCACCACCUGCCGGCAAGCUGCUAGUACUCGGUCCGGAUGCCACGCCUUUGGCAAAACAGCGGACGCAGUGGCUCAAGCGUAGGGCCGAGAACGAGCGGUCGAAGGUCGAGGGGGAGCUCGAGCAAAGCAAAGCUCGCAAGAAGCGGAAGGCGGCGAAGGCGGCCAAGGUCUGA